AUGGGGAGUAGCCUAUAUCCCGAGGAUGCUUUCCUCAUCGUUGGUGAGGAGUCGAUACUCUCUAUUGAUAUUGAAGAGACUGAAAUGCACCUAGAGGUAUUUCAAACAUUGAAGGAGUCAUUUCUGAAGGCUUAUAAGGUUAUGGAUAGAGAACUCAGAAGCUAUAUGAAUAUCAAUUGCUUCUGUAGUGGAACAACAACUGGUAAGAAUCUUGUUAUUGGUAAUAUUGGGGACUCUAGAGCUGUGCUGGCUAUGAGAGGCGAGGAUGAUUCUCUCACUGUAGUGCAAUUGACAGUAGACCUUAAGCCGGAUUUACCAGAAUCUGAUAUUGAUCAAUUUGAUGCAUAUUACCAAGCUGCCAGAGGAGAAAAGAAGCGAAGAGUAUUUGGUCUUGGAUCUGAAGCAAAGAGAUACUACGGGCAAACUCUUUGUGUUUCUUGUGGAAAGACAUCAUCUUCAGCUUCUCAUGAAUUUUGUUUAGCUUUUGUUAUCUUUGGUAUUGUGGAUGAUGUGGGUUUUUUUAAGGAUAGUUGGUUGAUGUUUGGUGCUAUGGAAGUCUUGGACAUAAUUAUGUGUUUAGAUGUUGCUAUGUUUGGUAUUGUGGAUGUUUAG